AUGGAGAACUGCAAAGAACAUCUAUCAGAAAUCUCACCUAGUAGCAUGACCGUGCCUGUUUCAUAUUCCUUGGACAAAUUAACACAGGAAAAGCGAGAAGAUAUAAAAUUCGCCACCCAAGAGUCCCAAGCCAAGUCUAAAGUUGCAAGUAGGGCCUUCAAUGAAACAAACCUAGAGAAAGGUCAAACAUUUUCUUCAUAUUCUAAAGUCUUAGAAACAUUGCAGGCAUACCAAGGCAAAAACUAUGUACAAUUUUAUAAACGAAACUCAUUAAGUAUUCAAGCAGCAGCAAAGAGAUGCCCAAAGAAGAAGUUCAACCCUGAUUUGCAAUACAGUGAGGUUGACUUCCGAUGUGUGCAUGGUGGAAAGCAUUUCAAGUCUCAGUCUAAAGGAAUCAGACCAAAUCAACAGUAUGUUAAUUAUUAUGCAUUGAAAUUAAUAUAACUGGAACGCUACCUUCAGAUAAACUCUUUUUUUUUUAAGCCAAAUCUUACCUCCAGACACGCGUGUCUGGAGGUAAGAUCGUGUGUGUUUAUGACAUGAUCGACUGAUUCAGCGAUCUUCGUAUGCAUGAAAAGACUAGGACUGGCCUUCUGCUUUAGCACCAAAUUUCCAGUUGGAGGUAGCAUUCAGUUCUAUUCUGUUUAAUGGUUAUUAUGUUGUGUGUUGUUUGUAGUCUGUGUUUUAUUUGUAAAUGGACCUUUUUAAUAAGUCUGCCUUGUGAUGUAGUUUGCAGAUAAAGGAAAACCACACACAGCCAUUUGGCCAAUCUGGCACAUCAAAUGGCUGUGCAGGGUUUUCCUUUAUCUGCAAACAUCACAAAGCGGACUUAUUAAAAAGAUCUAUUAUAUCUACAGGUAUUUUGAAAUUACUUGACACUAAAAUGUGAUUUCAAUGAGUGCAUCAAUUUUACUCUUUUCUAGUUGGCUAACAGCCUUGAAAUUUAGUUUUACUUUCUUUGCUCAGUUUGCAGGAGGUAUUGAGCAAGCAAUCAAAUUUUUGUUGAUGGCUUUGUUUAAUUUAAAAUUUUACUCUGUCUGAUGCCAGACAAUCUUACUUGUCAAAGAGGAAGAGUUGGAUGUUGACGGGUUCAGUGUAAUUCCCUAAUUUUGACACGUUUACUGUUGUCUAAUUGCAGCACUUUCCAAAUGAAUUGUCCAGCACUUAUUAAGUUAAGACCAUCAGCCGAUGGAACGAAACUGGUAGUCACUGAGAUGUCUGAGGAGCACAACCAUGAAGUGAAUAAGGUAUGUACAGGGCCGCCGAGAGGUUGGCGGGGGCCCGGGGCAAAUUUUUUUGCGGAGAACAAACCUCCCCCCCUCCCCCAUCGACAACUUUUUAGGUUAAAAAUUUUUCCGGACGAGUACAUUGCAACUGCUUUCCAGGGACUUUAUCUCAAUUUUUCAUGCCAAAUUUUGGUACUUAGCCCGAAAACACAGAUAUCUUGUCCUUUGCGCGGAAAUAUUUAACACACAGAAAAGACUGGGGCCCAACAAAAAAUUCAGGGGCCCGGGGCAAUUUGCCCCCCCCCCCUCUGCCCCCCCCCUCGGCGGCCCUGGGUAUGUAUAGUAUUAGAUGUAAGUACAAGUCGCUGUCGUCCAUUCAAGUUAAACCCUAUUUUUAGUUUAGGAAAUGGUUUGGACAACAUAUUUUUAAAUAAAAAAUCGAACAAUUUUAUCAAUUUGUGAAGCAAUAUUUCAUUAUGUUCUUUAGAAGUCCUUUGAACAUCUUCCAACGCAAAGACGAGUGGAAGGGGAAACCAAAGAAGAUGUUAAAAGAAUGUUGGAAAUGAAGGCUAACAAGAAGUUGAUACAGCAACAUAUCCUACACUCAACUGGGAAGUCCAUGACACUCAAGGAUAUACACAACAUGGUGGAAAGAAAGGAUGGUAAUCUAACUGAAUUAAUAGAAGAUAUGAAAAGUCAACCUGGUAAGCGUAUGGUGGUUUUGUUACAAACUGUAUUAGGUAAUUCCAGAAAACAUCCCCAUCCUAGUACAUUUCACUGUUAUCAGGAAAAGAUUCUACACCUGGACAGCAUAAAUUUCCUCUGUGGGGUCGAAUCGUUUUCUUGAUGCUAUUAGCCGAGCCAGUUACAGUAGUCAAGUUACAAAGGUUUUUGUAUAUGUAACAGUGAUAAUUUGACUCUAUAUUAAUUAUACAGUAUUAAAUGUUCUGUAAUUUGCUUGUAUAGGUGGAAAAGUGGAAUUGUACGUUGAUGAAGAAAAAAACUUUAAAGGUCUCUUCUAUCAGGAUGAAGAAAUGAGAUGGAUAUUUGAUGCCUUUCCCGAAAUUUUACUGAUCGACGCCACAUAUAAAUUGAACAAUCUACGAUUACCAUUAUAUGUGAUGCUUGCUGUCGAUGGAAACGGUGAAAGUGAAAUCGUUGGGCUUAUGCUAUUGGCAGAUGAGCAAGCCGAUACGAUUCGGAAAAUGAUUAGACUGUUUAAAAAACAUAACGCAGCCUGGGAGAAGAUUAACUGUGUCAUGGCUGACAAGGACAUGACAGAACGGAAAGUGAUAAAAGAAGAGAUUCCACAAGCCGGAUUGCUCAUCUGUUUGUUCCACACGAUGUGCUCAUUCAAAAGGGAAAUUACCACUGAGAAAAUGGGAAUUUCUGUGGACGAACGGCUCCAAGUGCUUGAGAUUAUCCAAUCUAUGGUAUAUGCACCAACCGAAGAAGUCUACCAAGAUCUGUACGUCCAGCUCAUGGACACUAGGUUUAGUGCUGUUAAGGUAUAUUUUAUCGAGAACUGGCACUCGAUACGAGAUGAAUGGGUUGAAGGGAACAAGAAAAAAUUUAGCAAUUUUUUAAACUCGACAAAUAACCGCCUGGAGAGUAUCAACCAAAAACUAAAGUCGGUAAUUACAAAACAUUUGUGUCUUUUGGACUUCCACCGUGAUUUGCAACACUGUAUUGCGUCAUUACGUCAGGAAAGAGACCACCGAGCUGCUAUGAUAUUUCAAAAACGACCGGUUGAUUUGAAUGAAUUUGAAUCUAAUGAACGUUUGUUCUAUGAACAAUGCACCCCGUAUGCUUUCUCUCAAGUGAGAAAACAACUCAGCCUUGUUCCAAAGGUGGGAAAAUUUACCGAGCAGCCAUGUGGUGUCCACACUGUCACCACCAGUACAGGUGAUCAUUCCGUGACACCAACAUUGUGUCAAUGUAGCUUUGCAACAUCAAUGAAGUUGCCUUGCCGUCACAUGCUAGCCCUUAGAGGUAGUCUGGGACUACAGUUAUUUAGCCCUGAUCUCUGCGACAAAAGAUGGACAAAGUCGUACUUUUAUAAUUCUCAUCGGGUGUUUCGCCUCGGUGUGGAAGCAAUCAAUGAACAUAACAACACACAUCAUUCUGAUGACUUUAUUUCUGUAACCAUUCAAGAAUCGAGGCCCUCGGGGAAAAAGAUUUUAUCGCAACACGAGAAGUAUAGAAAAGCCUUUUCCAUUGCUCAAAAAAUCGCAACUGUUGCAAGCGAGGCUUCAGGAAAACAAUUCGAUGAGCGUCUUGCAUGCCUUAAAAAGUUAUUGGGUUCAUGGCAAGAAAGUGAGGAGGUUAAAAUAGAAAUAAGUCAAGAAAAGAACGAACCUUCGAUUCAUGAGUUUAAAGAGACCCUAAUCGAAAGCAAGCCCCCUGAAUGUAUGCAAAUUGAGACUGAAUCUGACCAACAUAUGCCCCAAGAUAAGGAAAUUGGGAGCGAAUCUAGUCAACGUAUACCUCGAGAUAAAGCAGAAGGUAAUAAUAGUAAUAACUAAUAUCAUGGGCGGAUUUACUGGGGGGGGGGAGUUAGGGGGGUUAACCCCCCCUUAGAAUCUCUCUAACUUCUCUUAUAAUGUUUUCAACCCCACCAAAAUUUCGCUUUACCCCUCCUAUUUUGUGUGAAAAUCUUUAACCCUAAUGCCUAACCCCUGUAAAAAGCUCGCUCAGCGGUAGCGCUUUCACCCCACUAGAAAUUUUUGCACCCCCCUUCAAAAAAAAUGAAAAUUCGCUCUUAUACUGUUAAUUUGUUGUAUUUUACUGUUAAUAUUGUUAAUUUGUUGUAUUUUACUUUCGACAAAAAAACAAGGGUUAUUGUUUCAAACGCCAUUAUAUUACUACCAAUGCCUUCCUUGAUUUAUAUUAUGCAUACCAGUAUAAAAUGUUACCGUAUUUGAUUAAUAAAUGCAAUGACGCUAAUCAUAUACCGUAUUACCGUUUUCAACGUUUAUCUUUCACUACUUGCAGUCGACGUUGUGAAGGAAGUCAAACUGCCACCAAAGAUGAAAGUUCGGGGAAGGCCCAAAGGGGCAGAUAUGACAGCAAUUGGGCUUCCAAAAAGACGAAAGCUCAAUAGUAAAAGACCAACUUUGUUCAUCAACAAAUCUCCAACAGAUAAGGCAGAAUGUGAGUAUCAUAUGUACUAUUUAAAGCAGGCGUAGGAGUGUUUUAUCACAUAUAAAACACGACGCGUAGCGGAGUGUUUUAUAUGUGAUAAAACAUGACUACAAGUGCUUUAAAUGGCUUCAAAAACGACUCAUCUUAUUCGAGUUCAUUGGCGAAGUAAUUUUUAAAAUAAACUUUGUCUAAACCGAGAAAAUCAAAGCUAAAGUUCAUGUAAAUUAACAUGAUUUUUUAUCACAUACAAAACAACGACACACUUAUGAUUUUUCUUUGUGUUUUCCUCCUGAAUUAUUAAUGAGUUUUUGAAAGUCUUAUAAGAUGAGCAAACUAAGCUAGACUAUUAUUCACAUAAUUUUAUUCUCAGUUUUGAUUGGCUAAUUUUCCUGUAAACUACUGUGAAUAAUAAAUACGUCGGCUGCAAAAAAAAUGUGCCCGAGGUCUUGAAAAAGUAUUACUAAGUAUUGUUAGUAUUAUUAUUAAGUACCUCUAUUUUGUCUUUCAGUUAUUUUAGGAAUGGUGACAUCACAAAAGGUCAUUAGUAAAGCAUUGUCUGAUGAUUAUCUUAUUGAAGCAUGUGACAUAUUCCGAUUGGAAAAAAUCCCAAAGAAAAUCGUUGAUGAGAUAGUUAACGUUUACCGAGUCAAAAAGUACUUCUCAACUGACGGUUGGAAUACUAUGAGUCAUCUAUUAGAGAAGAUAGCAAAUGAAGUGGGCUGGCACUGCAAAACCUGCUUGCGGGAAUUGAAUGAGAAACAAGAGCAAAUAGGCUGUGACGUUUGCCUUGAAUGGUUCCAUUUGACGUGCACUGGGAAAUCUGUACCACCAAAAACAAAGUCCUGGAUUUGUAGGAGCUGUUGUAGAGACUAUGAAAACACUUAA